GCUCUGCAUGAUUGAUAAUGAGAGCGAGGCCGCGCUCUGCUCGUCUAAUGGCCGCGCAAUUAAAAUUGCCUGUAAAUGAGCCGCGGCUCGUUCCUGCUAAUCUAUGCGACUUUGAUUGAAUUUGUCAGCGCUAAUUGAAAAAUACUGCUAUUUAAUGUCACCACACAUCAGGACGCCUUUAAUGACAUCGUGUCCCAGUGACCCUUGGGGGGUGGGGGCGUCCAAGCGUGCCCUUGACUCAGCCCAUCAAAGGAGUGGGGGGGGGCAUCCACCGGGAGAUUCACUCGGGGUCGGAGGUCAUGUGGCUACAUAUGAUAAUGUGGCGUCGGCGAGCAUUUGAAGCCGACAGACGCUUCAAUCCAUUAGUUGAGAUGUAAUGAGGGUUUAAAAUGUGUCAUUUCCAAUUUGUCCUACCUGGGUGGAGUUUGCAUGUUUGGCCGAGCACUCUGACUUAUUGGCAUCUGAAAACACACGGUAAAUAUAACUGAAGUGGACUUGGAAGGCUAGAGCUUGGAGUCCAACCCCCGACCUCACGACUGUGAGGUGGAUGUGCCAUGAGCAAUAAUAAUUUAACAUAAAGAAUGAAAAAUGUUAAAAACAAAGCACUACAGCAAGGGCAGGGUCUGGUGCUCAAGAAAGGAAAACGGACUCAUAAAUAUGGGAAAUGAAUGAAGAUGAGCGGUAUGGAUUAUGAAGAAAGGAUGGAUGAAGUGAAACUUCUUCAAUCAAUAAUCACUCUGUGAAAUUUCCCAACUUCGAGCGACGCUCACACGCACGUGCAAGUUCAAAACAGUUCCUCGUCAAAUGCCAAGAGGCGGUUGUGACGUCACGACGCCUAGCCAAUCGUCGGCUGGCGUUGUGCAAGGAGGGGCGUGGCAUCAACCAGCGCAAUUAAACAGCGGGGAGCGCAAAUUGAAAUCGCCAAACGUCAGCGGACGCGUCUUUGCGGUGCGGAGGAGAGCGCAAACCUUUUGGAGCCACUUGGUUGGGGGGACACCACGGUGACGGCGGCUCGGAUGGAAUGCGUGUACGUUCGGCUCCCCUGAAGCUUCCCGGGCUCCGUCCGUCCGACCGAAGCCUCCCGCGCUCCAAGCGAAGCGUGCCGGGCUUCCCUAAAGCCCGCGGGGCUCCGUGGCCCCUCCACCGCCCGCCGCGCCGCGCACAGUGCUCGUCGUCCUGUCCCCGGCGUCGUCGUUCCUAUGAGUGCGACGUCUAGCCCGCCGUUCGUGGUGAUGCAGCGGCCACUCGGAAGCAGCUCCGCCUUCAGCAUCGACUCUCUCAUCGGGGGGCCUCCGCAGCCCAGCCCGGGACACUUCGUGUACACGGGCUACCCCAUGUUCAUGCCGUACCGCUCGGUGAUGCUGCAACCGCCGCCCCCUCCGCCUCCGCCGCCCGCUUCCCUGCAGCCGGCUGGACAUCCCCAGCACCCGCACUCGCACAUGCCGGCGCUGCAAGGCGGCUUCUGCUCCAGCCUGGCUCUCACCUCCACGCUCAUGGCCUCGCUUCCCGGAGGAUUUUCCCCAAGCCAGCAGCACCAGGACGCGGGCCGGAAGCACGCUGAGGACGCCAAGAGUUUGGCUUCGAUGCCGGCCAAAGAAGACGCGGAUACGUCGGUGCAAGCGGCCGCAGCGCGAGGACACGCGAGUCCGCACGAGUCCAAAGAGGACGAUUGCGCGCGCAGAGACGAGAGCUUCUCUAUGGACAGCGACGCGGACUACAGCUCGGACGACAACAUGAUGAGCUCCGCGGCGGCCGGGCUGGACGACAGCCUGCACCUCCACGGUUCGGCCGGGUCCGGCUCGGGCCCACCGGGAGGUGGUGGAGGGGGAGUAGGAGCUGGCGGCGGCGGGGGUAAGAACCGGAGGCGGCGGACCGCGUUCACCAGCGAGCAGCUGCUGGAGCUGGAGAAGGAGUUCCACUGCAAAAAGUACCUGUCGCUCACCGAGCGCUCCCAGAUUGCGCAUGCGCUCAAGCUGAGCGAGGUGCAGGUCAAGAUCUGGUUUCAGAACCGGCGCGCCAAAUGGAAACGGGUCAAAGCUGGCAACGUCAACAACAAGUCCGGGGAACCGUCGCGGAACCCCAAGAUCGUAGUUCCCAUCCCGGUGCACGUCAGCCGCUUCGCAAUAAGAAGUCAGCACCAGCAGCUGGAGCAGAGCCGACCCUAGGACCCUCGAGAACUUUGUCGAGUACAACUGUCGAGAACUGGCCUCUCUUCAGCGCACUUAUCGCUCGUUUAAUUUGAAGAAAAGAAGAAGAAAAAAAUCAGGCCAAAGCUUAAGUCAAGACAUGUAAAUGCGUUUUUUCUUAAACAAGUGCAAUGGAAUCUAAAUAAAUUCAUUUAGGACAUUAAUGUUCUAAUUUAAAGGGACAACAUUUGAACAAAAUAUAAUCAACUGAAAGGAGGAUGAGGAUGAUGAUGACACAAUAGUAUCAAAUUGUUUUUUUACGAGGUUUCUUCUUCCCCCAAGGCGCUGCUAGUUUAUUUAAAUCCUAGUGUGCUCAGUAAAUUCCAGUGACGAUAAAAAUAAAUACGUGUCAAUCAAAAAAAAAAAA